AUGAGCUACGAUAAGACGCUCGACGGCCACGACGCCGAGCAGCAGCGGCAAGACACGCUGCUGCGCGCCACUCUGCACAACACGCUGCUGCUCACCCACGCGCUGCUGCCCGCGUGCCGCCGGCAGCUGCCCGGCUUUGCGCGGAUGGAGGAGGCGCUGGCCGAGUGGCUUCAGGCCAGGUACGGCACCGUGGUCGAGCUCUUCUACGCGCACGGCUUGCGACAGUCGAGGGCGACGAUGCAGUCGACGGGCUUCUCGGUCCACCAGGAUACCGAGGACUUUUCGUUCAUCGAGUACACCGUCGUGGUCAAGCUCACGCCCGACGGGCUGGGCGAGGCGCCCUCCUCGAUGCGCGUCGUCGGCGCGGACCGGCCGUUUUACUACUCGCCGGCCGCCGGCGCGAGCGGCUGCUUCCGCGCCGACCUGUACCACGCGUCGGUCGAGCCAGAGUCGGAAGACGAGCACCUGAAGAUCGCCUUCUUCUUUCGGCGUUCGACGCGUGGCGAGAGACGCGCAAAGCGCGCGCUCACUGAGAGCGACGAGGCCGUCGCGGAGCUCGAGCUCGCCCAGCGACGGAAGCUGGCCGCGCCGCAGCUCCUCGGUUGAGAAGCCGUCACCUUUCUUUUUCUGUCCAUGGAGGGCGCAGGUAUCAGGUGUAGAGACCUGUGUGUACGUCUGCGUGUGGCUGUAUGAUAUUUCAUAGGAACCC